AUGAUCUCUCUUUCUCUUCAUACGUUUACAACGAAUUUCGAGUUCGUUUCUUUACCAAUAUCUUUUCAUUUAUUUCACGAACGGAAAUUGUCACCCAAUAUACAAGCAUUUUUCGAACACGAACGUGAUCGAUUUAGUUUAAAUACAAGAGUAUUGGCAGGUAUCACAACCGACAAUGGUCCUGAUAUAAAAUCAGCUGCAUCUUACAACAUACUAGGUCCUCGAUUUGCGUGUCUAGCGCAUUGCAUAAAUUUAACGGUACAUCAUGGUUUAUGUUUAUGGGAAAAGCCGAAUCCUAAGAAGUAUCCGUUCGAUUCAGCUCAUCACGAAAUAAUUGAUUCCUUGAUAGAUGAUGAAGAUGAUGAAUUAACGUCUGAUUUUUCACCAAAUAUUUCAUCAAUUUCAUUAGAUGGUAAAAAGAAGACAUCAGAUGAUGAUAGUGAAGAUUCAACACAGCUCAACUACACUUUUUCAUCAUAUUCCGAUAAUCUUUUGCCGUCAUUAUUUUUUCAGACAAAUGAUUAUUUCAAUAUUGAAGUCUUGGAGGAUCAUAGUCAAACAGAAGAGCCUCGAGAUAAUGAAGAAAUUUAUAAAUUUCUUGUACGUGUUCAUCGUCUUAUUAGUAAAGUACGUAUUUUCGUGUCGAUGGCUCGUCAAGUUGCUGCCAUUCAACGUCAUAUUUAUAAAAAACUUGGUCCCAAUAAAGGUGGAUUUAUUUUGGACGUUAGGGUAAGUUUUAGAUUGCAACUAUAUAAUAAAAGUUAGUAAUGAAAAGCUUCGUCUCUUUUCUUCAUCACAUGUAUAUUUUUAAUAUGUGACAGCUAACUUUCUUCACAUUGCAUACAAAAACUGAUCACGAAGUCUGUUCUUCUAAGAAUAAUAGUAUUUAAAGACAAAAGCUAAGUUAUUUACAAAAAACUGAUUUCCACCAGAAGUCUACAGUUUUCAUCACUGUGAAUUCACAACAGUAAUUUUUUCAACAGGACAAAUCAUUUUGGAAAGAAUUUAAUCAAAACUUUUGAUAGAGGGUAGAGUUUACGCAAUAGAGUAUGUUAGUUUAAUAAGUGAAGCAACAAAGCAAUUAACUAAACCAUUUUUGUUUCAAGUUAAGAAUCAGACGAGAUUAAGGGAGCUGUAUUGAUUGAAGAACUGUUUAUUCACCAUUUUAUUUACUUUAUAGGUGAGAUGGAACAGCACUUACAACAUGCUUCGUCGAUUUAUUAAUCUUCGAGAUCUUGUCGAAGAAAUUCUUUACAAACGA